AUGACAGACAACAUUUUGAUUUCUCACGAAGUCAUGCACUACCUAAAGCGAAAAAGAAGAGGUAAAGAAGGCUUCAUGGCCUUGAAGCUUGAUUUCAGCAAGGCUUACGACAGAGUAGAAUGGUCUUUUCUUGAAGCGGUUUCAUUUAAAAUGGGGUUCGACCCCAAAUGGAUUUUUCUGGUUCUUCAAUGUAUUACUUCAGUGGAGUACUUGGUUAUUCAUGGUGGGUGGAACAUUGGACCAAUCUUUCCUACAAGAGGCAUUCGACAAGGUGACCCGUUGUCCUCUUACUUGUUUUUAAUUUGUGCUGAAGCUUUUUCAUCACUAAUAAAACAUUAUGAGGUUACACAUCAGAUUAAAGGCAUUAGAGUUGCUAAUGGUGCUCCUUUCAUCUCACAUAUGUUGUUUGCGGAUGAUAGUUAUGUUUUUUGUCGAGCCAAUGAGAAUGAUUCUACCAAGGUGUUGACAUUGCUCAAAGACUUUGAAAGAGCUUCUGGACAAAUGGUAAAUUUCUCAAAAUCUUCAGUGUUCUUUAGUGCCAACAUUCACACUAUUGUUCGUAUGCAAAUAUGUCAAAGAAUGGGCAUUGUUGAAGCAGAUGAUUCUAGUCUUUACUUGGGAUUACCGUGCAUUAUCAGUAGGAACAAGAAGGCAGUAUUUGGUUUUCUAAAAGACAAAAUGUGUAAGCGAAUUCAGAGUUGGGAAGGCAAGUUUUUGUCAAAAGCUGGUAAAUAA